AUGGAAAAGGACUCUGAAUUGGACAUGAACAGUCCUCCUCAGGCUGACAAGAGCCUCCCAGGAGGUUUUGCACCCAGAAUCUCAGAAGCCAUGGCUGAGCUCCUCGUGAACACUGUUGCUGGCACUGCCAAAAUGGUCCAGGUGUCUGUGGAAGCCCAGAAAUCUGCUCAGCUGGCCUGUUUCCAUGCAGAGCACGCGCUGACCCAAGCCCGCCUGAGCUACAUGGCAGCACGGGGGCUGGCGGAGCGACUUUUGGGAUUCUUGAGUCCCCCUGACUUCCAGGGACUCUUCCAGCUACUCUCACAGCCCCCCAUGCCAUAUUCUGAAUUUUGCACUAUCAUCCGACGGACAGAAAAUGCCCUCCUACACCCUGUUCUCAAGUGCAAGCCAGGAUUCCCAGUGCGACGGGAACCCAGCCCAGGCUCUGAAUGCAGCUGCCGACCAGACAUUGCAGAUGAUGGCCUUCAGGGGGGGCUUUCUGAUCUCCAGUUCUUUAGGCCCCUUUGUGUCAGUGAAAUGGAUGAGGAUGGGACAGAUGAAGAGGAGAAUCAGUCAAUGCUGAUACGAGGCCGAAACCCCUCCUGCCGCAAGCAAACAGAGACAGUACUCCUAGAAGAUCAGAGGGGAGGCACAUACGUGACUCAGUGUCGGCAUUCAUCCCGGAGGUCCCCCUCCGCUGGUGUGGAAAGGCUUUCUCCACUAGUAUCUGAGCAAGACCUCAACAGCAUCCAGCCCCUGAUCUGUUGCCCCUCCCGCCAGGGUGGGUCGGGCAAGUUCCUGAGCAAAGUGACCCGGCGCAACGAUACGUCCCAGCAGGAGAAUUCGGAGAGCGACACCAGCGAGCAGUCAGAGACCACAGCUAAGGAUACUGGAUAAGCCUGGCUGAGCCCUGCUAUAUGUCUAGGAACAAUCCAACACAGUCAGCUUGAACCCCACUUCCUUCCUUCCCCCAAGACCUGAAAGGGAAGGCAAGGAAACAACUUUUUGUUAUUAGUUGUCCAGCAUUAUUACUG